AUGGACCAAGACCGCAUCCCCAAGAUCGCACUACGUUGGACUCCACCUGGGAAAAGGAAGCAAGGCCGGUCCAAGAACACGUGGCGGCGUACGGUGACAGCUGAGCUGAAGGAGAUGAACCUAACCUGGGGCGAGGCACAGCAUGUUGCUCAAGACAGGUCCAGAUGGAGGCAGAUCGUCGAAGCCUUAUGUCCCAUUCCCUGUGGAAAACUUUUUGCACUUUUCAAUCACCACAGCGAUAGGAACAAGACCCUGUCCUUUCUUUGCGACUGGCUUAGGAGCACCUUCUUUUGCACACUGUGGUGUGAUCCUGGCAUUUCAGAAAAUUUGGUGCAAAUAGCACGAGAAAUGUCUUCCCAUGAAAAAGUGAAGUCCCACAAGAUCAACGCCAUGUUGGUUUACGGUAAUAUCGCUAAAAUUCGUUCCAUCUUGUCCACUAGCGACGCUGAGAUCAUUAUUCAUGCGUUCGUUACGUCUCGUCUCGAUUACUGUAACGUAUUAUUUUCGGGCCUCCCUAUGUCUAGCAUUAAAAGAUUACAGUUGGUACAAAAUGCGGCUGCAAGGCUUUUGACAAAAACAAGAAAGUUUGAUCAUAUUACGCCUAUACUGGCUCACUUGCACUGGCUUCCUGUGCACUUAAGAUGCGACUUUAAGGUUUUACUACUUACGUAUAAAAUAUUACACGGUUUAGCUCCAGCCUAUCUCGCCGAUUGUAUUGUACCAUAUGUCCCGACAAGAAAUCUGCGUUCAAAGAACUCCGGCUUAUUAGUGAUUCCCAGAGCCAAAAAAAAGUCUGCGGGCUAUAGAGCGUUUUCUAUUCGGGCUCCAGUACUCUGGAAUGCCCUCCCGGUAACAGUUAGAGAUGCUACCUCAGUAGAAGCAUUUAAGUCCCAUCUUAAAACUCAUUUGUAUAAUCUAGCCUUUAAAUAGACCCCCCCUUUUUUAGACCAGUUGAUCUGCCGUUUCUUUUCUUCUCUCCUCUUCUCCCCUGUCCCUUGCGAGGGGGAGUUGCAUAGGUCCGGUGGCCAUGGAUGAAGUGCUGGCUGUCCAGAGCCGGGACCCCGGGUGGACCACUAGCCUGUGCAUCGGUUGGGGACAUCUCUGCGCUGCUGACCCGUCUCCGCUCGGGAUGGUUUCCUGUUGGCCCCGCUGUGGACUGGACUCCCGCUGAUGUGUUGGAUCCACUGUGGACUGGACUUUCACAAUGUUAUGUCAGACCCACUCGACAUCCGUUGCUUUCGGUCUCCCCUAGAGGGGGGGGGUUACCCACAUAUGCGGUCCUCUCCAAGGUUUCUCAUAGUCAUUCACCGACGUCCCACUGGGGUGAGUUUUUCCUUGCCCGUAUGUGGGCUCUGUACCGAGGAUGUCGUUGUGGCUUGUACAGCCCUUUGAGACACUUGUGAUUUAGGGCUAUAUAAAUAAACAU